AUGGCAUUACAUUGGCUUGUACAAGGCUGUCAACCUGGUGACUCCCUCCUGUUUCAUUACUCUGGUCAUGGUUCACGACAGAGGAAUUAUAAUGGUGAUGAAGUUGAUGGAUAUGAUGAAACCCUUUGUCCCCUUGACUUCGAAACUCAGGGUAUGAUUGUUGAUGAUGAGAUAAAUGCAGCAAUUGUAAGGCCCAUUCCUCAUGGGGUUAAGCUUCAUGCAAUAAUAGAUGCUUGUCAUAGCGGCACCGUACUAGAUUUGCCAUUCCUUUGUCGAAUGGACAGGAAUGGACGAUAUGUAUGGGAGGAUCAUCGCCCUCGAUCAGGUGUAUGGAAAGGCACAAGUGGAGGAGAAGUCAUUUCGUUCAGCGGUUGUGAUGAUGAUCAGACUUCUGCUGAUACAUCUGCUCUAUCAAAGAUCACGUCAACAGGUGCAAUGACUUUCUGCUUCAUCCAAGCAAUUGAACGUGGACAAGCGGGCACAUAUGGAAGCAUACUCAAUUCUAUGCGUUCUACUAUUCGAAGUACGGGUAGUGGUAGUGGCCUUGGUGGUGGUGUUACAUCUCUCCUUGGUGGUGGUGGUGGUGGUGGUAGUGCUGUUACAUCUCUCCUUGGGAUGCUUCUGACAGGAGGCAGUGACACUGGCGGGUUGAGACAGGAGCCGCAAUUAACUGCCUGCGAGCCAUUCGAUGUGUAUACAAAGCCUUUCUCCCUCUGA